GACUCAAAUUGAAAUGUGUUGGCUUUCUCUGUUUUUGCUGCAUCAGAGAUUCUCUCUACCUCUUUCAAGUCAAAGAAGCAUGAAAAAAUACAUAUUAUAAUAGAGGAAAAAAAGAAAAGAAAAAGGAAAGUGGUGUGAAAUGGGAAAUGAGAGAAAGGAAGAGCCACAGCUCAUGGCAUAUAUUCCCCCAACAUAACCCCACUUAUGUUUCCAGAUAUGGAGUGAGAACAUAGGACAGGCCAACAACUCCUCCAAAUUAUAAAGAGAACUAUAGCUGCCACAUAUCCACCCAGAGCUAAUCAAAAACCAAUAUUUAUGUUUCAGUCAUCUACCUCUAUAUCUCAUUCACAAAACACAUAUGGGUCUGCAGAAUAUGCAAAAUCAGAACAUGAAUUUGGUUUUGUCCACUGAUGCAAAACCCAGAUUAAAAUGGACUCCAGAACUUCAUCAAAGAUUUAUUGAAGCAGUGAAUCAACUUGGAGGGCCAGACAAGGCAACACCAAAGAGUUUGAUGAGGGUGAUGGGAAUUCCUGGCUUGACUUUGUACCAUCUGAAGAGUCAUUUACAGAAAUACAGGCUGGGGAAAAGCCAACAGUCAGAGUCCUGCACUGACAGCAAGCCAGAAGAUUACAGAGAGACUCAGACAACUGAUGGGCAUUUCAGUAGGGAAAUCACCAGUGAUGCAAACCACAAUCAGAAUAAUGAAAGCUUGCAGAUUGCUCAGGCUCUAAAAUUGCAAAUGGAAGUGCAAAGGAAACUGCAUGAGCAGAUUGAGGUACAGAGGCAUUUGCAGCUGCGAAUUGAAGCCCAAGGGAAGUACUUACAAUCAGUACUAAAGAAAGCUCAGGAAACGCUUGCCGGGUAUAAUUCUUCUUCACUGGGAGUAGAACUUGCCAAAGCUGAACUCUCUCAGUUAGUCUCAAUGGUUAACACUGGCUGCCCCAGCUCUUCAAUCUCAGAAUUGACAGAAUUAGGAGGUUUGAGUUUAAAAACUGUAGAGAGGAAUCAAAUGAGAGGCACAAUAUGUUCCAUGGAGAGCUCCUUAACAUCAUCUGAAAGCUCUGGGAGGAAGGAAGAGAAGAGACCAAUGAAAGAGAGUGGUGACCUCCAAAAGUCUAAUACAACUACUCUUGAACUUUCAUUAAUGAACAUACACCCAGAAGACAAGCCAAGGAGCAUUGAAACAAGCAAUCAAGCUAGUGGGAAGAAGAGAACUGGUAGUGCCAUUUCUAAUACUACUUGUGUAGAGCAACCAGUUGCUAAAAGAUCACCAAAUCACAGAGACAAAAGUAGCAACCAAUUGAGAAAAUCUGGAUUGUUGGGGACACUAGAUCUCAACAGCCAAUAUCAGAAUGACAUUGAUUCAGGUCCAAAAGCAAUAGACCUGAACUGCAAGGGAAUGGAACAAUGCAAUGGGUUUUAGUCAGAUAGCCUAUGCAGCAAACUUGAUUCUUAGAGCUAAACUUUUGUUAAUAGCCUAUGUAUAUUGUUAUAUGUAUGGACCCUCCAAGAACUUUCGAAAGUGUAUUCAUAUUAAAAGAAGGUAUUAUAAUAUA